AUGGCUCUCCAAAAUACGUCAAAGCUCAUUUUCGCGCCAGCAAACGACAAGACCAACUCCCAAGCUGAACAAUAUACCAAAGGCGCCCUCGAAAAAGACCAGUUAGACUCGAACUCCCCGUUUAUUCAAUUUGAAAACUGGUUCUCGCACGCACAAGCCAAUGGCGUAUUCCAGCCUGAAACCGUUUGCCUCUCUACAGCCUCGCUGCCUUCUGGUCGAGUCAGUUCGCGGAUGGUAUACUUAAAAGAACUUGAUACAACUGGGUUUGUUAUAUAUUCGAAUUUCGGUACAAGCAAGAAAGCACAAGAUAUUGCAAGUAAUAAGUGGGCGAGCUUGACAUUCUGGUGGAGAGAAUUAGAAAGACAAGUCCGUGUAGAGGGGAAAGUGGAGAGGUUAACAAGUAAAGAGAGCCAGGUGUAUUACAAUACAAGGAUUCGAGGGAGUAGAAUUGGUGCAUGGGCAAGUCGGCAAAGCCAGGUUUUAGAGGGGAGAGAGCAGUUGGAGGGGUGGGUAAAGGAGGCUGAGCAGAAGUUUAAAGGCGAGGAGAUCCCUGUACCUGAAUUUUGGGGUGGAUUAAGGAUUAAGCCAGAGAUGGUAGAAUUUUGGCAGGGGAGGGAGAGUAGAUUACAUGAUCGCUUUCAGUAUGUUAAGCUGGAAGAGGGUGGUGGUUGGAAGAUUGACAGGUUAAGUCCGUAA